GUUGGUUUGCAAACACAAACUUCAGUUUAAUUAUUAUUUUAUUACACUGCUGUGAAAUUUAAUCUAUCGGUUAUUUCCGUUUGGCAACCAAACACGAUUAUGGCAAUCGUUACUUUUCCCAGAGUCUUUGCAAUAAUUGUUUCAUUGUUGUGUUCUUGUGAAGUGGCUCUGGGCUCGAACAGUAACAUGAUGGUACAGAGAGACGAGAGGUUAAACUUCAUCCUCCCUUCAUUUUUUGAAGAGCUCGGCAGAAUGUGCAACCCUUUCAGUCGUUUUUUCUGUCUCGCUGGCUAUGUCACUGCAACUAACUCGACGAGUAGACUACCUGAAAUCGGCGAUAAGCUCAGAUUCCGCGAACUGAUCCAAAACUCUUUCCUCGACGUGAAUUGGUUCUCAUUCCGCGCAGAGGACACCGAAAAUUUCGGAUGCUGUUCGUUUCAAGAGGAUGAAUAUGUGAACAACGGCCAACAGUUUGGAUUAUCCCCUUCCGAGUUUUUCUUCAAAGUAUUCGAUCUGAGAGAUUUAAAAGACGUCAGGAAUUUGGUCUUCGUUCGGUCAUAUUGGGAUACUACCAUCUGCAUGAACGUUAUCAGUCAGCUAAGCUACGGAACUGGAGACGUACUUAAAAUAAUGGGGGGCAGGGGACCCAACUCUUCCUUCACUCUACCCCCCAUUGGGUACUCUGGCGAGGAGGUCAUCACAUUUGACGGAUACUUACAAGUCCAGCGGGUUCUGACUUUCGACUGGUUCCGCAGAAAUGUGAUUUGUGGCGAGAAACCGCAUGUUUGUACAAGACAAUACGAUGAAAUGCUUAGCAGCCGAGCCUCUCAUUUAUUCGAUUAGAAUUCAUGCAACACAACCCAUAUCAAGACAUAGUCACGAAAAAUCAUAGUCAAUAACAAACAUUAUAUAAUAAAAAUUGAUCCUGAUUUUAAAAUGAUAAAGAUUGCAACAAUUGAAAAUUUUCGAGAA